ACAUUUAAUAAGUGUCCAAAAAUAAUGCCAACCACCUGUGGAAUUGAAUAUGAAGAUAAUCCAUCGAAAGUUUUUUAUGCGGGACAAUUAAUCCGCGGACGAGUCAAAUUUAUUCUAACCGAAGACAAAAAUAUACGUGGUGUAUACGUACAACUAUAUGGGAGGGGAUUUACAAGUUGGUCUGAAGGUUGUAGCAGAGACCAAAAAACCUACACCGAUCAAGAGUUUUAUUUGAACGAAAGAACAUAUUUGGUUGGUGGAACUGGUGAGAUGAAAUUGGUUUCGGGAACAUACAUUUACAAUUUCCAAUUUACAUUACCUGUUGGUUUGCCGUCUUCAAUUUCGGGCUCGGAUGGUUUUGUUAAAUACGCCGCUCGUGUCGCAUUCGAAGUCCAAUUUUGGCCAAAUAAAUAUUUCGACAAUUAUUUCACAGUGAUCAAAUCGAGCGAUUUAAAUCACACGCCAGCAUUAAGAGAGCCAGUUUUAGUUGAAGGAACAUACAUGUACUCUAAAUCGCAUAUACUUUGCUGUAAAAAUUUAGAUCCAUUGAAAAUAUCUGUGCGCUCUCCCAUCGGUGGCUACACACCCGGAGAAAUGAUAAAUUUACAAAUAAAUGUAAACAAUCAAAGCAGAGAAUCAAUUCGAGAAUUUUCAGUGAAAUUUGUUAAGAAAAUCACUUAUAGAAAGCGCGCAAAUAAUAUCCAACACAAAUUGGAGAGAAUGACCAUGGCCAAAAUAGUGGUAGGUGGUUGCGAGAAAUACCAAAAUAAAACAAUCAAUGCUGAAAUUCAAGUACCAUUCACGCCACCCAGCACCGACUGUACAGCCGACAACAUUAUUAACAUUGAAUAUGUAGUCUGCGUUACUGGUGUGGUAUCAUGGCUGCAUGUUGAUCCAAUUAUAGAUCUUCCACUUACAAUUGGAACACAUUCUAUUCAAAAUAAUACACAAGCAUCGAUAGAAGAAUUACCAGGCUCCCCACCAUCUUAUCCGAAUGAUGAUCCACCAACUUAUGAAGAAGCCAUGCAUUGCACCGAUUUUCCAUUCUAG